AUGACUGAAAGUACAUCUAGUGCAACUACUCAUACUGCCCAGCCUUGGGAAAAUUCCUCCAGUCCAUAUUUCCUAUCCAGUGGUGAUAAUCCUGGUGUUUCAUUGGUUGUUCAACCUCUUACUGAGGAGAAUUAUAACACUUGGAGUGGGGCUAUUUUAAUCUCUUUAGAUGCCAAGAUCAAACUAGAGUUCAUUGAUGGCUCUAUUCCCAAGCCUCAAUCUGUUGAUCAUCCCUAUUACAUAGCCUGGUGUAAGUGUAACAACACAGUCUUAGCUUGGUUGUUUAAUUCUGUCUCUAAGGAUUUACAACUAAGUAUAGUGUAUUUCAAGACUGCUAAAGUUGUAUGGAUUGACUUGCAGUAUAGGACCUUUACCUAUGGUCAUCAAGUAGAGGACUAUACAAUGUCUUUUUUGAUGGAGUUGAAUGAGACUUGUGCUGUUGUUAGGGGACAGAUUCUUCUUAUGGAUCCUAUGCCUCCCUUAAGCAAAGUUUUCUCUCUUAUACUUCAAGAUGAGAAGCAAAGGAAGGUAGGUGCUGCCAAGAAGAUGCAGAUUGACACUGCAGCUGCUUUACCUUCAGUUUUAGCAGCAAAGAAUGUUAAGAAUGCUAAGAAAGGUAGGCCACAAUGUACCCACUGA